UCGCUUAUCGUCGAAGUUUAUCGUGGUUGUAGUGCUGCAAAACAGAGAAAGUCUGCAACAGCUGUUGGGUACAAUUUUUACUUUAAACAAAAUUUAUGCAUUUAUAAAUUUUUGCUUAUUUUUCCAAAUACAUUGGUAUAUAAUACACCAAACCGAAUGCCGAAUUCAACCCGAUCAGCUGUUACCUCCUGCAACGAAUUCGGCCGCUGUCAAACAAACGUCAAAGCAGUCGCGGGUCGGACGAAAAGUGCGGAAAAAUAAUUGAACUAGCACAAUUAAAAGAAAAGACAUUGAAAUAACGCGCUUAAAAAACAUCAACCCGCAUAUGUGCACAACGGUUAAUCUGAGCUAGGAGCAAUGGGCGAUAAGACGGAGCCCACCACCCCUGCACCCUCCCCAACGGAAGAAGGACUAGCAGACCUGGCGGCAGCUGUCGGCAAAGCUGGAGCCCCCGGCAACAACUGCAGCAGCAGCUCCAACCAGUCCGCAGUUAGCACAAAUGCAAAGAUCCUGAUAAUUGGGGCAGGCAUGGCCGGCCUCUCGGCGGCCAACCAUCUUCUCCAAAACGGCUGUGACGAUUUUUUCAUAAUCGAGGCCCGAAGUCGGGUGGGUGGGCGUAUUGUGUCCAUACCGCUCAGCAAUAAUCAAAAGAUCGAGCUGGGCGCCAACUGGAUACAUGGCGUCCUGGGAAACCCAAUAUUCGAAUUCGCCAUGCAGCAUGGUCUAGUCAGCGUGGUGAAUGUACCAAAGCCCCACAAAGUCGUGGCCACCACCGAAGAUGGGCAUCAAGUUCCUUUCAGCAUACUACAAGAGAUCUACGAGGCGUACGUGUGCUUUCUACGGCGUUGCGACGAGUAUUUUUUGUGUCAGUAUAGCCCCCCACCGGAUAUACAUAGCGUGGGCGAGCACAUCAACUACGAGAUCGAGAUCUAUCUGAGCUCGGUGCAGGAUCCAAAGGAGAAGCGCCUCAAGCAGUCCAUAUUCAACUGCCUUCUCAAGCGAGAGACCUGUAUCACUGGCUGUAACAACAUGAACGAGGUGGAUCUCCUCGAGCUUGGCAGCUAUACAGAGCUACAGGGCGGCAAUAUAGUUCUGCCCUCUGGCUACAGCUCCAUACUGCGACCGUUAAGUGGCCAGAUACCACAGAAGUCUAUUUUGACCAAGUGCCCGGUAAAGAAGAUUCACUGGAAGCGGAAAAAGACGUUCACAGGCCUGGAAACCGUAGACGAACACUCAGAGAACGAGGACUCAGAUGAUUCGGAAAAGACUGUCACAGAAGUACCCACUGCGGGGGGUGCACUGCGGGGAGCCUCCGUCGAGUCCAACUCCAGUAGCAAUUGUGAUUAUCCCUCGGGAAAUGUGCGUGUAGACUGCGAGGACGGACGCGUCUUUCACGCCGCCCAUGUGAUAUGCACUAUACCGCUGGGCGUGCUCAAGCAUACGCACAAAACCCUUUUUGAUCCGGAGCUGCCGCAGUUUAAGCAGGAAUCGAUUGAGAAUCUCAUGUUCGGGACUGUAGACAAGAUAUACUUGGAGUAUGAAAGGCCAUUCCUCAGUGCGGACAUAUCGGAGGUGAUGCUGCUGUGGAAUGAUGACAAGCGUGACAUGCACACCUGCACUGAGGAGGAGCUGGCCAGCGAGGCCUAUCUUAGCAAGAAUUGGUACAAGAAAAUCUACUCCUUUGCCAAGGUGACGGACACACUUCUCCUGGGGUGGGUCUCUGGGCGCGAGGCUGAGUAUAUGGAGACGCUCUCUCACGAAGCUGUGGCGGAAAAGUGUACUGAAAUCCUGAGAAGCUUCCUGCAAGAUCCGUAUGUCCCGAAACCGAAGCGUUGCGUGUGUACGAGUUGGAAAUCGCAGGAAUUUACUGGAGGCGCCUAUACCUCUAUACCUGUGGGAGCCACCCAGGAAGAUAUUGAAAACCUGGCCCAGCCCCUGUAUGCAACGCCGCAGGCCAUGAAGCCCGCCAUCUUGUUUGCUGGAGAGCACACGCAUUCCAGCUUCUACUCCACCGUGCACGGCGCCUACUUGAGUGGGCGGACAGCGGCGCAAUAUCUGCUGGCCAAUGAUGAGCCCGAUGAGAUGAUUAUAAUGGAGUCGGACGGCAGCGACCUCAGCGCCUGGAUUCAAGGCAUCGCCCUGGACUAAAAACUUUAUAGACAGCAAAUCGAUAUUGUAUUAUAAUUUUUAUUUAGUUAUAUUACCGAUUACUUCUUGUACAAUUAUUGAAUGCUUUUUAGCUAGUGAUAUUCCAUUUUUUCCCGUUUAACAUUUUUUGCCGUGUAUCGUUUUUAGCGUAUUUUUUGUACGUCCUCAUUAAGAAUUUGUUAUAUGUAUGCAUGUUUUAUGAUCCAAUUUUGUGUAUAAUUUAUAUGGAACCCGCUUGUACAAUACUAUAAAUAAAUGUUACAAUAUAGCUGUGCUGAUCAAAGUGCUGCCAACCAACGGCAGAUGACCGACCGAGCACUCCAAGCAGCUUUCAUUGUACUUGAACGAAGCACGAAUACAAA